UCAAGCCUUUUACUUAAAGUCGCGCUUUUUCUAGAAGGCAGAUCGCAUUUUGGCUUCCGGUAUGAAAAAUGUAGAGUGUAGUCCUCCAAAGUGUUGGCGAAGCCGAUGGGUUUGAUCGUAGUUUGCUUCGGUGUAACUCUCUGUUUCGUGCCUCAGCCAAUCCCAUCUUCAAAAAAUCCAGAUCCCAUGGACCGAAACUUCGUGUUGUGGCUCCAUGGGCUGGGCGAUUCUGGCCCCGCCAACGAACCCGUUAAGACCCUUUUUACCUCCACGGAAUACAGUAACACCAAAUGGUCAUUCCCUUCUGCCCCUUCCAACCCAGUCACCUGUAAUUAUGGUGCUAUCAUGCCUUCGUGGUUUGACAUUCAUGAGUUACCUGUGACAACCGAUUCUCCAAAAGAUGAAGAUGGUGUGCUCAAAGCUGUUCAAAAUGUUCACAAAAUGAUAGACAAAGAGAGAGCUGCUGGCACCAAUCCUAACAAUGUCUUCGUAUGUGGAUUUAGUGUAGGAGGUGCCCUGACAUUAGCUAGUAUUCUGCUGUAUCCAAAAACGCUGGGUGGUGGUGCAGUUUUUAGUGGAUGGGUUCCAUUUAAUUCUUCCAUUCUUGAGAGAGUUGCACCUGAUGCAAAAAAGACACCUAUAUUGUGGUCUCACGGAAUGGCUGAUGGAACUGUACUCUUCGAAGCUGGGCAAGCAGGUUCACCUUUCCUCGAAAAAGCUGGCCUGAGCUGUGAAUUCAAGGCUUACCCGGGUCUCGGUCACUCAAUAAGUCAUGAAGAGCUCCUUUAUUUGGAAUCAUGGAUCAAAUCCCAUCUUCAGAGUUCAUCCUAAAGGUCCUACAGUAUGAAAUGCCUAUCAUUGAUUCAUUCAUAUGUCUUGAAACACUUAGAGCAUGUUUGGUACAGCUUAAAACCUAAUUGAAAUUAUUUUUUUUGACCGUUAUUUUACUAUUUCAGCAGU